UAUAGCUUAGUUGGUUUCUGGAUGUUUGUCAUGGGGAUGCUUUCUGUUUGCGGUAACUUUGUUGUCAUCUGGGUCUUCAUGAACACCAAAUCUCUCAGGACUCCAUCCAAUAUGUUUGUUGUCAGUCUGGCCUUCUCCGAUUUCAUCAUGAUGUCAUUCAUGUUCCCUCCAACUUUGGUGAACUGUUACUAUCAGAUGUGGGCCUUCAGUGGCUUCUUCUGCGAAAUCUACGCUGCCGUUGGUUCAGUGUGUGGAUGCGCUUCUAUAUGGUCCAUGGUUUUCAUUACCCUCGAUCGUUACAACGUCAUUGUGAAGGGUAUUGCAGCAAAGCCUUUAACAACCAACGGUGCUUUGAUGAGGAUUGUGUUUGCUUGGACUCAAACUAUCAUUUGGUGUGCUCUUCCAUUGUUUGGAAUCAACAGAUAUGUCCCUGAAGGCAACAUGACUGCCUGUGGUACCGACUACCUCAGUGAUGAUCUGUGGGGCCAUCUUUACCUGUAUUUCUAUGCUUUUGAUUGCUAUGUCCUUCCACUCUUCAUCAUCAUUUAUUGCUACACAUUCAUCUUGAAGGCUGUUGCCACUCACGAGAGACAGAUGCGUGAACAGGCCAAGAAGAUGGGGGUCAAGUCUCUGAGAAAUGACCCAGAGGCCAAAAAGACAUCUAAUGAAUGCCGCCUUGCUAAGGUUGCUCUCAUGACUGUUUCACUGUGGUUCAUGGCAUGGACUCCUUACUUCGUAAUCAAUAUGGUAGGGAUGAACCAUAAGCCUUUCAUCACCCCUCUCUUCACCAUCUGGGGUUCCGUUUUCGCCAAGGCCAAUGCUGUGUACAACCCCAUUGUUUAUGCCAUCAGUCAUCCCAAGUACCGAGCUGCUAUGGAGAAGAAACUGCCAUGCCUUUCUUGCCAAACUGAGAGGGAUGAGGACUCAGUUGUGUCUGAGAAUGCAUCAACCACUGAGACCAAUGAGAAGUGCUGAAUGUGUUAUGGCAACAGACUGUAAACAGGACUUGACGCGAGACUGGACGAAAUAUAACUUAUCCGUCGAA